GCAUCCUGACAAGAACCCUACCAAUAAGCUCCAAGCCGAAGCCAUGUUCAAGCAGAUCUCUGAGGCGUAUGAGGUAUUGAGUGAUCCACAUAGAAGGCAAGUGUAUGAUCAGUAUGGUGAAGAAGGGCUAAAAGACAUGUCAGUCUCAAAUGAACAACCUGGAUACCAAAACGGGUUCAAUCCACGAAAUGCUGAGGACAUAUUCGCAGAGUUUUUUGGGAGCAGCCCAUUCGGAUUUGGAUCAAGUGGGAGUGGAGGAGGUGGAAGUGGAAGAUCAUCAAACAGGUUUACAUCCUAUGAUGGAGGAGGAAAUUCCUCUGCUACUUCUACUGGUAAUGGAGAUUACCGUUUCUUUAGAUCAACUAAUGAUGGAAACAGUAAUAGCAGUAUGACAAAGCAGAAGCCAGCCCCAGUGGAGACUAAAUUAGCCUGCAGCCUUGAGGAGCUCUAUUCUGGCUCAACUAGAAAGAUGAAGAUCUCUAGAACUGUGUUGAAUGCUAAUGGGAGAUUACAACAAGAAUCAGAGAUAUUAUCCAUUGAUGUAAAGCCAGGGUGGAAGAAAGGAACAAAGAUAACAUUCCCAGACAAAGGGAAUGAGCAAGUGAACCAACUUCCUGCAGAUCUUGUUUUUGUUAUUGAUGAGAAGCCACACGAAGUGUUCAAGAGAGACGGGAACGAUCUGGUUAUUACCUUCACGACAACGUUAGCAGAGGCAAUCGGAGGGACAACGUUAAACGUAACAACAUUGGACGGGCGGAACCUAUCGAUCACUGUGAGAGAGAUGGUGAGGCCGGGGUAUGAAAUGGUAGUUGAAGGAGAAGGCAUGCCCAUUGCGAAAGAGCCCGGGAGUAGGGGUGAUUUGAAGGUUAUUUUUGAAGUUAAGUACCCGACUAGGUUGACCACCGAGCAGCAAGCUUCCCUCAAGCUCAUUUUAGGUGGAUGAAUCACACCAUGUAAAAAAUCAAACUUUUCUUUUUUAUGUACAUGAAAUCACUCAAAAAGAUUAGUUUAAGGUGAUAAAUGCAAUGCGAACGAAUCGACGGAAACAUGAGCUGAAAUUGCCGCAACAAGAGGGAUUCUAAUCG